AGGAGCGACCUUACCCUCCCUAAAGUACCUCUGUGUCUGGUGAAAUGUUUGUGUGUGAGGGUGUGUGUGUGUGUGUGUGUGUGUGCUGCCUUUUCUCUAAAUAACCUGUUGAUCCAGUCACUCAGUCUCAGGAGGCAGCAGACUCGGCUCUUCAUUUGUUCCCCUUUCUCGUGGAUUUCAUCUGACUAGGAGCUUCAGCUGAAUCACUCUGCAAGGAAGACCCUGCUUGAGAGGGGAUAGCCUCGCCUGAAGUCGCCUCACUGACAGAGCUACAUACCUGUCUGCGCUGGGUUUCUGUGUCCGUUUGAGUUGUAAAUCUGCGUAGCUGAAAGGAAAUCAUGUCAGCGAUACACACCUUGGCCUGUUUCCUCCUCUGGAUCAGCUUUGCCACCCAGAACAAAACCCCAGAUGUCACUGUGACGUGUUUUGUUUCCGAGGAGUGCUUGCUCCCCUGCAGCUUCCAGCCAGGCAGCAAAGAGACCAUCGAGUGGUUCAAACAGGACGCAGAGUUUUACAAAUUCAAGCGGGACGACGACGACGACGAUGAUGAUGAAGAUGAUGAUGAUGAUGAUGAUGAAGAUGAUGAUGACAGCAGUGAAGAGCACAAGACAGAUGACGACCGAGCCUCCAUUGUCCCAGAACUGAUUUCGCGGGGCAAUGCCACACUGAUCAUCAAAGGGAGCACUCUCAAGGACAGAGGCACGUACAGGUGUCACGUGAACACCUCGAAGGGCGAACACAAUGCUAAGGUCAUCGUGAAGGUGCAAGCACCCAUCAGAGGCCUGUCUGUGGAGCUGUCGAGGCUGAGCGGCUACGAGGAGAUGAAAUGCAUCGUCCGUAAUGUCUUCCCGGCUCCUCGUGUAACCUGGGCGACCGAACCACCCACUUUCGAGGACCUCCGACCGGUCACGCGCAUGCUGGCCGACAAACAGAAGCUGUACUCGGUCGACAGCCGCCUCAAGAGGCUGAACGGACACCCUGACCUCAUCUACAUCUGUAAAGUCACGAGUUCCUACGGUGGUCCGACCUGGACCGCCUCACUCAGGGAAAGAGUAGAAAUUAAAGGAACUGAAGGAAGAGACCUUACCAUCCCCUGCCACGCCCCUCCUUACCUGAACAAACCCUCCCUCAAUUGGAGCUUCUCCAACAGCGAGGACCCCUCCCACAUCCUCACCUACAACAGCCGGUCGGGGGACAGCACAUCCUCGUCAUACUGGGACAACCACGUGGAGCUGGACGGCUUCAGGGUCCCGUUUGGAGACGGGUCGCUGCGACUGAUGGACCCCAAGCACUCGGAGCACACGGGCAGCUACACCUGUGUGUUCUUCAUCCCGUACACCACUCACACCGAACGCACUGAAGUCACUAUCAAGAAUCCUGCCGAAGAGCAAAUCCUUUCAAAAGAACCGUCUUAUUGGUGGAUUGUCGGUCUGGUGAUUGCGCUGCUGGUUCUCGCGCUGGUGGGCUUGCUGGCCUACCUGAAGGUGAAAGGACGCAACCCGAAGUGCAGAAAUGACACCGAGGCGCCAACAGAGCUGCAUUUAGUCAAAGACUCGACAGCAGACAGUAACCUGAAUGAGAGCAGCCCUUUGACUGCAGGCGACACCAACGGACAAUCAGGCCCCCAGACCAGCACUCAGUUAACAUGAUAACCGAAACAACAACUUGGGGACACCCAAGACUACCAAAUUAUUAACAAAACACACAUGCAUACACACACAGCUACACAAGGAACUAACAGCUUCUUAGAAAAAAGUUUAUUUAAAAUUGUAUUAUAUUAUUUCUAAGUACUAUGUUGGCACAUUUGGGUGUUUUUGAAGAACGUUUGACACCCUGAUAUAACGUUACUUUUUAGAGUGUAUAUGCUGAAGUGUAGAACAUGCACUCACAGAACAGAUGCUUUCAAUGUAUUUAUGAGGGGUUUGUGAACCCUGAUAGUGCAGCUAUGAAUCUUUUGUUAUUUCAGGAACUAUUUAAGUGGAAUGUCGUCUUGUAGAGAAGCCUAACGACGGCUCCUGCUGAGCCUAAAAGCCUGUUUCCAAAGCUCUACAGUUAGCAGACUCAUUACCUUGUUAGCUUAGCUUAAUGAGACAUAUACGUUCACACAGAUAAGAAGUCUAUGUGCCAUUGACUGCUGUCUCAUAAUGGUCUGUAAACCAUUGCUUUGUUUUGGAGCAAGUGAUACAGAUGAGGUUAAAUAAAUGUGAAUAUGUUACACAGCUUACAAACUACGAUAGAUUUCGAACUCUCCGGCUCUCCUUCCCCUUAAAAGGUCAUCUCUGUUUAGACGGCUUUCAAUUGGUCAGUGAUGCAAAUGUGUCUGUCAAAGUUCACCAAAGUUUCAGAACAACACUGAAGUUAUUGAAAUUUGCUGCAAAAUGUAUCUGCUUUAAACGCUGGUAUGAUGAGACCUUUAAUCAGACAGCAGGCUAAGCAAACACUGGAACGAGAGGAGGAAAUGUUUUGUAAUGUUUAAAGUUGUUUAAAGUUUUACGUUCUUGCACAGUUCUUCAGAUGAGAUGAAAAUAAACAGGAAUGCAAAAAAACCCGCACAUAGUCAUGCAUUUAUACUUGUGCGUGGGUGUCUCUGUCAUUCUGCAAUUACACCCCCAAAAGCUAGUCAGCAGUAGCGCUAUAGCGUCCACUGUCUUGACUUUUGCCAGCCGAGCAGGCUAACUUCCAGUUUAGC